CAAAAUGGCGGUUCUUGCACGUGUGUGAGUGAUGCCGAAACUCUCUUUUUAAAGCUUAAAACUGGGAAUCCGAAAGAUGCCUUCAGAAAAUAUUAUUUCGCGUUUCUGGGAACUUGCGUCAAAUGACGAAACUACCCGUCUGAAAGCAGCUUCACAGCUGUUAGAUUCUUUACACGAAGCUCAAAUGCACCACGAAGAAAAAGUCGAGGUAGAGGAUAAUGCCAACGACGAUGACAAGAAUUUUUGUUGUGACGAGCUGGAAUACAGUGUAAAACGGCUUGUAAAAGGUUUAGCUUCUUCGAGGAAGGGAGCUAGGCAAGGAUUUGCAACAGUGUUGACAGAAGUCCUCUCCAAGUUUGUUUCUCUGUCCCCCGAAAGAGUGCUCAAAUUAAUUGGUGAAAAUUUAGAGGUCACUGGUAGCGCCAUAUCCACGGAAGAAAAAGACCGUUACAUAGGGCAGUUAUUUGGCAUGGUGUCUGUGUUGAGGUCUCAAUGUGAUCAUGAUAAAAUCUCUACCCUUGACUCAAACUGGCUGAGCCCACUCAUUUCCAGAGUUAUUGAAUUAAGCAAAAAGAAGAGUUAUUUACAAGAGCUCUGUGCCAAGGUCAUUGUAGACAUAUUUCCUUUGGUGUCUGAGGAUGUUUUUAAAAAUUGCGUGUAUCCAUCUGUGAAGGAGAUCUUUGAAAGUGGCUGGACACAGGCUACACCUGAGACACUUCUUAUUUCCCUAGCACUUCAGAGAUUCUGGGAGGAGCAUUUGGAUAAGAAAGUGAUAAAGGUUACAUGGAAAAGUCCACUCAUAGCUGACACGCAAAAUUACAAGCAGAUGUACACUGUCUUACAGGAUUCCAUCUCAUCCCAUCCAAGAGUCCAUUGUGUUUGGGAUGAAAUUUUCCUUGCAGUAUGUAAGAAUUCACCUGGUGACUUUGAGAUGUUUUGGAAUACGGUUGUUGAAGAUGGCUUGUUUCAGUCCACACAUGAUAGAAAGUUUCUGGGUUUUCAGCUAGUCAAGAAAAUACUGCCUCAACUCAGUGAAAAGGAGGUGUCAGUUGUGUUUGGUGCUCACAUGAUGAGGAGCUUUAUAAACAGUCUGUCAUCAUCACAAAGUUAUCUCCAUGAGGCAGCAAAACAGUUGGCUUCAAGUCUUCCUGCUUUAGUGAACCAAAACAAAGAUCCUGGAGUUCCAGUGGUGGUAUUAAAACAGCUUUUAGGAAGACAUGGCAUUAUGCAUUUUGACAAGCUGACUAAAACAAGAACUGUGGACAGUUUACUUGGAACACUUCAAGGAUCAGGACCACAGAUGUUUGUAGCAUGGCUGCUUGAUAUUUUUGAGAAAGGAAAGUUUGAAGAUUCUACAGAAUCAGAGUCCUUAACAAAGAGUGAAGAGUCAAGUAGGAUUGCAGUUUUAAACCAACUUUAUCAGUUGGUCAAGAAGAAGUCAGGUGCACAUGAGGGGAACUGGUUACAAGAUGUGCUUUUCUUCUUCCUUAAGCAUGCAUAUUUCCAAACAGUUGGAAAGAAUAAAAAAGAAACUUUGCCAGCUUCAGUGAGGCAGAUUUGUGAACAGAGAUUUGUUAGUGCACUAAAAGACUUAUCAUCUAGCAGAGAGAUGAAAUCGUUCGAGCUCAAUGAUAUUGUGCAACAUGCCAAGGAACUAUUGGAGCACGGUGAAUACAAAGUGGCCUCUGAUUUGUGGACGGAAAAGGCAGAAAAAGCUUUCAAGAAAGCAGUACAUAGUAUUGAAAAGAUUCGCAAAAAGAGAAGGAAAAGUGGAGAGUCUCGACAUGAGGAUGAGGUUUUUGAACUGCUGUUUACGCACAUGGCUUUGAAUUUAUUUACUGAACCAGAACAAGCCAUGGACAUUUUAAAGGAGCUAAAAGCUUGCUACGAAAGACAGAAGACCAAACACGAGGAGAAGAGUGAUGAGGAGCCACAUUGGGUAGAGGUUCUGACUGAAGUGUUACUCAGUCUGUUGACCAAAACCUCAAGUCUGUUCCGCCAUGUUGUUGAUCAAGUCUUUGUCCUACUUGCUCCCCAUUUGACUCAGAAUGCUCUAAACAUGAUUUUAGAGAGCCUGGAUACUAGAAAAGGAAUUAAUGGUGAAAGUUUAGAGAUUGUCGAUGAAUCAGAUAUCGAAGAGGAUGAUGAAGAAAUGGAGGACGAUGAAGAAAAAGAAAAGGAAGAAUCAAAUGGCGUAAACGGUAAAGGUGAAAGUGGCGAUGACGAUGAUGACGAGGAUGUUAGCAGCUCAGAUGAGGAAGAGGAAAAUGUUGGUGCAGUGGACGAAGCUUUUAGAGCUGAAGUACAAGCUGCCCUCGGCCCAGCCAUGGUGGACGUGGACAAGGAGGGAAGUAGCAGUGAUGAAGACUUAGACGAUGAAGCGAUGAUGAGACUCGAUGGCGCUCUCGCCGCUGUUUUCAAAUCUCAGUUGCAGGCCAAAAGGGACAUAAACAAAAAGAAAGAUGGCAGGAAGAUCAUUCUCCAUUUUAAACUGAGGGUGCUAGAUAUUAUAGAGAUACUCAUCAAGAAACAAGCCUCCAAUCCACUGAUACUCGAGUUGAUUAUUCCUCUGUUGAAUGUGACUUGGUCUGCACUGAACUCUAAGGAUUUCCAUACAUUAGGCGAAAAGGCUCAAGCAAUCUUUCAAAACAAGUUAUGCACGGCAAAAGAGCUUCCACCGGUCUCGGCUAUCAACGCCAAAGACGUUCACAAAAAGCUUGAACAUCUGAUUCAGAAAGCAAUGAUGGCUCCCUCGAUGGCGAUUGUCUCACUGAUAACGCGUGGUUGUUUAUAUUUGGUUCGUGUAUUGAGAGGCUCGCAGACGAAGCAGUCUGUCGCAGUUGGAAUGAAGAAAAAAGAGGAAAGUUGUCACGAGGAAACGGCGAAACUGUGCUUGUUGAACACUAAAAGGGUGACAGCGGCAUUUAAGAAAGCUCUGGAAGACUUCAUGUUAAAGAGGAGUACACACCUUCAUCCAGUGCUGUUCACAGAACUGAUAAAGCGAUUCCCGCAUCUUGGAUGGAAUUUAGCUGCAGAUUUAGUUGAGUACCUUGAAACUGCAGUUAACAAUUUCAGAAAGAGUCAAGCAUGUUUGAUGCUCUUACAGUUGAUGUCGCAAAAGACUCCAGACCAUUCCACUCUUAUAAGAAAUAUCGCUCCCUCUAUACAAACGACUUUGAACUCAGUAAUGACCAAGGUCGCUGAAUCCGAUUCAGAUGUGAAGAUAAGACAUCUUCGAGAAAUUCUUAAACUCACCACAAAGUUCAUCAAUGAAGUAAAAAAUACGGAAGAGGCUGCAGCAGUAUUACGGAUAGAUCAGCUCAAGGAAGGAGUGACGCGAAUCCAGGGGAGUGCGUUAGCUAAAAAGUCCCCAGACGUUAAGGGUGUUUGUAACGCAAUCCUCUCCAACUUGUCACGGUCGUCUUCUGAAAAAGAAACAAAAAUGAAUAACUCGAGAAGAAAACGAGAAGCAAAUGGGCACAUAAAAGACGAAACAAAAACCACCGGUGUUGGGGCUGAAUCUAGUCCGAUAGGAAAAGAAGGGAAGAAGAAACGAAAGAAGAAAAAAAUUUAAGGGUAGAUAGAAAAUUCAAGCUGCAAUAAAUUGUCAAUAAACUACA